AUGGGACUUCUUCUGCCGCGGAGAUUUUCAACAAAAACAUUGGAUGGAUGGGCAAAAAGUGUUCAAAAGAGUGGGAAGAAUGUAUUUGUGAAAGUCGACAAUGGAAGAUCUCGAGGAUUAAUUCAACUCGUAGCAAAUAAACAAAUCGCGCAGGAAGUGAAAGUCGGUAAUGCGAUUCGAGCGAUAGGAAGUUUUGAAAAGAGUCCUGGAUCUCAACAAGAAACGGAAUUUGUUGCUGACCAGCUGAAUAUCAUUGGGAGAGAUGAGAAUCCUCGUUACGAAGAUCUUUCUGCUGACAAUCUUCGGAAAAAGACGCAUCUCCGAGCCCGAAAUUCUCAAUUCGCUUCGUUUCUUCGUGCCAGAUCAGACCUUUUCCGCGAGACUCAUGAGUUCUUUAUGUCAAGAGAUUUUAUACAUAUCGACACUCCGAAAUUAACCCGCAAUGACUGUGAAGGUGGUGGAGAAGUGUUUGAUGUUGUCACCACGUCAGCCGAAGCUUUGAAUGGGUCAGAAGGAAUCAAAGAAGAUGCAAUGUAUCUGUCUGUCAGUUCUCAACUACAUUUGGAAGCUAUGGUCAGUCGGUUACAACGAGUUUAUACAUUAGGACCUGCAUUUCGAGCUGAGAAACAGCAGAGUCACGCACAUCUCAGCGAGUUUUAUAUGCUAGAAGCAGAAGUUGCAUUUGUGGAUAAUAUAGAGGAAAUGUGUUCUCUGGUAGAAUCAUAUGUUCAAAAUAUGUUUUCUUUCCUACAUUCUCCGAAACUCCGUACUGAGUUGGAAAUUAUGAAUUCACAACAUCUCCCUUCAAUUCCUCUCAACUCUCCGUUUUCUCGAAUCACAUAUGAAGACGCCAUCAAAGUUUUAACAUCGGAUGGAUCAAAAGUAUCUGCGAAGAGCGGAUUAUCGAAGAAAAAUGAAUUGGAUCUUGUGAAAUUUCACGAUAAUCAACCAGUUUUUGUAACUCAUUAUCCAAAAAACCAGAAACCAUUUUAUAUGGCAAGAACUCAAGACGACACUAAAACAUUAUCAUUUGAUCUUCUUGUUCCUGGAGUUGGAGAGCUAGCAGGUGGAUCUGUUCGUGAGCCGGAUGCAGAGAAAUUAAAGGAACGAGGAUGUGGAAUAGAAUGGUAUCUGGAGACCAGGAAACGAGGACAGCCACCAACAGCUGGGUUUGGAAUCGGAUUUGAAAGACUUCUACAAUAUUUACUGGGAAUUCAGAAUAUUAAAGACACAUUGGCGUUUCCAAGAUGGCAUAGACACUGUCAAUGUUAA